AGUAUACUGUAUGUAAUGAGAUCCCCAGAGCUCAGCCCUGCAGGUGUUUAUAAGGCAGAUUCUCUUAGAAAUCCCACUCGCUCUCUGCUUCUCCUGUGCACCUCACUAUACUACAAAUCACCGCCAUCAUGCCCGAGGAAUUGAUUGGGACUUGGAGUUUGGCUGAGGGAAACAAUGAGGACUUUAACAAAUACCUGGAGGCACUUGGAGUGGGUUUUGUCAUCCGGAAAGCCAUUCUUGCACUGAAACCUGACGUGACCAUCUGUAUAAAUGGAGAUACCUGGUGUAUUAAAACAGUGAGCACAUUUAAGACAAAGGAGCUUUCAUUUAAAUUAAACACAGAGUUUGAAGAAGCCACUGCAGAUGGCAGAAACGUUAAGACCAUUGUGACUUUGGAAGAUGGAGUAUUGAAGCAAAAGCAGAUGGUGGAUGGCAAAGAGAAUCUGAUGACACGAGGAGUAAAAGAUGGCCGCAUGAUAACUACCUUAUCAUAUGGAGAAGUGAAAUGCGUUCGGAUCUUCGACAGAAAAUGAAACCUUCGGUGUGGUGCAUGGACAUAAUUGCUUAGUAAAAUGUAAGAGCAUUUCAAUGAGCAUAGCACUGUCUAUUCCCUCGGAAAGUGUGUAUGAAAAGCUCAUUUGUGACAUGUUAUGGGCGACUGUGCUCUGCU